CAAGAUGUAUACCUUCCAAGUGGAGAGAGCAUAGGAUAUUUUAGAAUGUGCUGUCGAGCAUCAUGCACAUCAGUCACUUAUUUUCGAUGACCAUAAAUAAUGGGAUGAUGGGCUACCAUUGAAACACUCACAAGCCCCUUCACACAUCAUCUGGCUAGAAUUUCAUCUCUCUCUGGGAAAGCCAAAUAGAGAGAAAGAUGGUGAAGUUCUCUAAGCAGUUUGAGGGUCAGCUUGUUCCUGAAUGGAAAGAGGCCUUUGUUGAUUAUUGGCAACUCAAGAAGGACAUCAAGAAAAUCCAUCUUCUUAGCACCGCCACUAACAACAUUCCCACCGCCCAUCAACAGUACUCUUUGCCCAAAACCCUCUUCUCCUCUAUAAGGAGGUUCUCUUUAUUUGGCCAUGAACGUAAAGACCAUGGGGUCAUUCAAGUUCACAAGAAACUCGCAUCAUCGGCUAGUAAAGGGGACCUUUAUGAGACUGAAUUGCUUGAGCAAAUUGCGGAUACUGAUGCUGCAAAUGAGUUUUUUGCAUGUUUGGACAUGCAACUUAACAAAGUGAAUCAGUUUUACAGAACAAAGGAGAAGGAGUUCCUCGAGAGGGGGGAGUCCUUGAAGGAGCAGAUGGAGAUUCUCAUUGAGCUCAAAUCUGCACUGAAGCGACAGCGUAACAAAGGAUCCACUGCCCAGGACCCGAAGGAGGAUGCCUCUAUUUCCUGCACUAUUUCAUGUGAGGAAGAGUCCAUUAAGGACAAAACAGAGCAAGAGCCAGCCCAAGACAACACUGCGGAUGAGUUUGAGAGCAAUGAUGUGCAAUUCUCAGACUCCCUAAAGUCGGAUGAGAUGGGGAAAUCAAUGAGAAUGAAAAGAGAGGAUGGGAAACUGAGGACUCUCUCUGGCCGUGUUUUCAAUUGCCAGGGGAAGAACUUAAGGAUCAACAUUCCCCUGACAACACCUUCUCGUACCUUAUCAGCAAUCAGUUACUUAGUUUGGGGAGAUUUGGUGAAUCAGUCCUCAAGGAAAUGUGGUCCAGAAGGAAGAAAACUAAACAUCAACAAAACAAAGCUUCAUCAUGCAGAGAAGAUGAUUAAAGGAGCUUUCAUUGAGCUUUACAAAGGGUUGGGUUAUCUAAAAACCUACAGGAACUUGAACAUGCUAGCUUUUGUAAAGAUCUUGAAGAAGUUUGACAAGGUCACAGGAAAACAAGUUCUUCCCAUUUAUCUAAAAGUAGUUGAAAGCUCCUAUUUCAACAGCUCAGACAAGGUAAUGAAGUUAGAGGAUGAGGUUGAGGAGCUCUUUACCAAACACUUUGCUGAGGAAGAUAAAAGAAAGACCAUGAAAUACCUCAAACCCCAUCAGAGGAAGGAAUCACACACAGUAACCUUCUUCAUAGGGCUAUUCACCGGAUGCUUCAUUGCCCUGUUUGCUGGAUAUGUCAUCAUGGCUCAUAUUUCGGGGAUGUACAGAGGGCAGUCAGAUACCAUCUACAUGGAGACUGUCUACCCUGUGCUUAGCAUGUUCAGCCUACUGUUUCUACACUUCUUUUUGUAUGGUUGCAACAUUGUCAUGUGGAGAAAGGCUCGUAUAAAUUAUAGCUUCAUCUUUGAGCUGGCUCCCACCAAGGAGCUUAAAUACAGAGAUGUCUUUUUGAUCUGUACUACGUCAAUGACUGCUGUGGUGGGGAUUAUGUUUGUUCACUUAUCACUUGUGGCAAAAGGGUAUUCAUAUAGCCGAGUUCAAGCCAUCCCCGGUCUGCUGUGCCUGCUAUUCUUGCUACUACUUGUGUGCCCCUUCAACAUCAUAUAUAAAUCAAGCCGUUAUCGUUUCCUUCGGGUGAUAAGGAAUACCAUUUUGUCCCCUCUCUACAAGGUUGUCAUGCUGGAUUUCUUCAUGGCUGACCAACUCUGUAGUCAGGUGCCGAUGCUGAGGAACCUUGAGUAUGUGGCUUGUUACUAUAUAACAGGAAGCUUCAAAACUCAGGACUAUGGGUUCUGCAUGAGGACCAAGCACUACAGAGAUCUUGCUUAUGCUGUUUCCUUCUUGCCUUACUACUGGAGAGCUAUGCAGUGUGCCAGGCGAUGGUUUGAUGAAGGACAGACGACCCAUCUGGUUAAUCUGGGCAAAUAUGUAUCGGCGAUGUUAGCAGCAGGAGCCAAAGUGGCCUAUGAGAAGGAGAGGAGUGUUGGAUGGCUUUGCCUUGUUGUGGUCAUGUCAAGUGCAGCAACAGUGUAUCAAUUGUAUUGGGACUAUGUAAGAGAUUGGGGUUUGCUCCAGUUCCAUUCCAAGAACCCCUGGCUAAGAAAUGAAUUAAUGCUUCGCCGAAAAAUCAUUUACUACUUCUCCAUGGGACUGAACCUUGUUCUCAGGCUUGCUUGGUUGCAAACUGUUCUCCAUUCCAACUUUGAAGGUGUCGAUUACAGAGUAACCACGCUAUUUUUAGCUGCCCUUGAAGUCAUUAGAAGAGGACAGUGGAAUUUCUACAGGUUGGAGAAUGAGCAUCUAAAUAAUGCAGGCAAGUUCAGAGCUGUUAAAACAGUGCCACUUCCUUUUCAUGAAGUGGAUGAUGAAGACUGAUGCCCAUUGGCAACAGUUGCUCAAGGAAUAGAUUUGGAAUGUCACAGAUGUUCUUUACUUCUUUGGCCAUAUGGUUCAGAAAGGAACCUUAUUGUCCUUAUACAAGUUGAUGUGACAAGAUGUCAUCUCCCUCUCUAUUAUUCAGUCUUGAGGUCUGGGAAAUGGCUUAUACUUGUAUACAAAAUCUUCAUCAAUUGAAUGACAGUGAAAUAAAGUGCCCUUGUGUUAA